AUGAACCUGCCAGCGAUUUAUAGGUCCGGAUUCAAGUGUUCAAAAUGCAACAAGUCAUUCAUCAGCAAAGAUGUCUUCUUGGAUCUCACUGUCACCUCAGGAAUGAAAGAAUACAGUGAACUCAAGCCUGCUAGAGCCGAGCUGUUCAGGAGCCCGCUCGUCUCCUUUCUUUACGAGAGGGGGUGGCGUCAGAACUUCAAUCGGAGUGGCUUCCCUGGCCGCGACGAAGAGUUCCAAAUGGCUCAAGACUAUUUCCAAUCAGUUGCUGGUGGUAUACUUAUUGAUGUCAGCUGCGGCAGUGGCUUGUUUUCAAGGAACCUUGCACUUGUAAGGGCUGAUAUUUCGAAGCUCCCUUUUGCUUCAAGUUCAAUUGAUGCCAUUCAUGCUGGAGCCGCUAUCCACUGUUGGCCAUCCCCUUCAAAUGCGAUAGCUGAAAUCAGCCGUGUGCUGAAGCCCGGUGGUGUAUUUGUAGCGACAACUUUCUUAUCCACCCCCACGAACAGCGGCCUGUUCUCUAUCGAUGCACUAAAGCCACUGAAACAGAUUGUCGGGCCAGUGAACAGCAGCUACAACUUCUUCACGGAAGGAGAGCUGGAAGACCUGUGCAGAUCCUGUGGCCUGGUCAGCUGA